AUGACGGUCAAGCCUGCAUCAGAGUAUCAUUAUUCAAUUUAUGAAUAUGGAAGAAUAUAUGUUGUGGACUUGGAUGCUAACAAAUGUAACUGUUGUAGAUUUCAGAUUGAUGAAAUUCCAUGUCUACACGCGAUUGCAGUGUUGAAGAGUAAACAUAUUACGAAGUUUUGUCCGUGGUGCUUUGAUUACUAUAAGUCUGCGAUAUUAGUGAAGACAUAUGAAGUUCCAGUAGUACCUAUGCCAGAUAAGAAGGAUUGGCAUGUGCUUAAAUGUGUCGAAGAAGAAAAAAGCAUACCACCCAAAUACAAAAGACCACCUGGUAGGCCGAAAAAAGAGUAG